AUGAAGACCAAGGGCAAAGAGGACAAUAAUCGCUUGCAAUUCAUCUUGUUGAUAUCGAGUCUCUUUUGUGGUGUUUUUGUCAUGGCGCUCGAUGCAACCAUUAUUGGAACCGCGGUGCCGAGCAUCACAACUGAGUUCCAGUCUCUUGACGAUAUCGCCUGGUACGGUAGCGGCUAUCUUCUGACCAUCACCGCCUUUCAACCCACCUUUGGAAAAGUGUAUCAGUUCGUGAACGUCAAGGCGGUUUUCAUGACCUGUGUCAUGAUAUUUGAAGGUAUUCAAAAGUCCACCAACGAGGAUAGAACGCCCACAUCGGCCGUCUUCAUUGUGGGACGUGCCAUUGCUGGAGCUGGCGCCGCAGGACUGUUUCAGGGAGCGCUUGCCAUCAUCACCAAGUCUGUACGGCUAGAACAGCGCCCGCUGUGUAUUAGUAUUGUCACCAGUACUUUUGCAGUCUCUGUAUGUAUCGGGCCCGUCAUUGGUGGUGCGUUUACAGACCAUGUCACUUGGCGUUGGUGCUUCUGGAUCAAUGUACCAAUCGGAGCAGUCGUUCUUGUUCUGAUAUUCUUCCUCUUCCAUGUGCCAGAAGGCUCGCGAGACAAGACCUUUGAUUCAAUGACGUUCACCCAAAAGCUGAUGAAGAUGGAUCCGCUGGGCUCUCUAUUCAUCAUUUCAGCCGUUGUAUGUAUUCUUUUGGCGCUUCAGUGGGGUGGUCAAACCAUGCCAUGGAACUCGGCUACAGUUAUCGGCCUACUCGUUGCCUUUCCACUUUUCCUAGGCCUCUUCGCCUUCAUGCAAUGGAAGCAAGGAGUAGACGCAACCUUGCCCUUGUGGCUUCUGAAGCAGCGAUCAAUGGUCGCAACAGCAAUAUUCAGUUUCUUCUCGGCCAUGCCUUCUUAUCUCUAUGGAUACUAUAUUCCGAUAUACUUUCAGGCGGUAAAAGAAUCGACAGCGACGCAAAGUGGUGUUCAAUUCCUGGCUCUCGCGAUACCUCAGAUCUUUGCUGUCGUCCUGUCGGGUGCGUUGGUCACAAUGUUGGGAUAUUAUCUCCCAUUCAUAAUUGUUGGAACCUGUAUUGGAAUUGUUGGAUCUGGUCUGUUUCUUUACCUAGACCUUGGUACAUCCACAGCCUUGUGGGCCGUAUUUCUUGUGGUUUGCGGUGUCGGAGUCGGCCUUGCAAUAAACCUGCCAUACACAAUUGUUCAGGCAAUUCUAACUGAAGAUAACGUGCCAACUGGAAACGCUGCAUUUCAGUUCAUGUUCCAGCUUGGGGCUGCCCUCAGUCUGUCCAUUGGUCAAACUGUAUUUAUUAAUCAACUCAAAACAUAUGGGCAGGCCCUUACGCCAACCAUUCCCGGGGAAGUCCUCGUCCGCGCUGGCGCAUACAAUCUUCGCGCUUUGGCAGGAUCCGAGCAGAUCUAUAAUCAACUUCGCCAAGUCUACAUGAAUGCCCUUCAUGACACAUAUAUUCUCCCAAUUACAGCUUCUGGGCUGGCUUUGCUCGUUUCGUUUGCCAUAGAACACAAGAAUAUCAAGAAAAUCAGCAAAGAAAGGGAGCAAUCGCGAGCUGAUCCGGAAACGAUCAAACUAUCGGCAGUGUGA